CUCGAUCAGCGCUGACAGUGCCACGAAUACCUUCACCGCAGUGUAGUCCAACUGCUAAAUUUCACUUUGACGUUUCUAGCUGCGAUCGAUUUCGACCGGUGUCGAAAAUCCCGAUUCAGGACAUCACUGGGCAAUAAAGGCGGUGCCAAAUGAUGGGUAAAAAGGAUCUUCAGAAGCCGGUGGUGGCAGUGAGUCAGGAAAAAAAAGCUCAGAUCAAUGAGAACGAAUUGAGACGAGCGAAACGAGAUGAGAGAAAAGAACAAGCAGCUGCAGGGUCCGAAGAAAUCAAGACGGAUGAUGAAGUGGGUGAUGAUGAUCGGGUUAAUAGAACCGCCGAAAGUCCGAACCUCGAGGAACGUUCUGCGGAUGAAAUAAGAAUUGGCGGUGUUGAAGGUGGUGCCACUCACUCGACACUCAUAAUCAUGAACGGACACGGAGAGAAGUUAAUCGAGAUGAAAGGUCCGGGGACGAAUCAUUGGCAACUCGGUAUGAAAGAAACAGCCGCUAGGAUCAACGGGAUGAUAACUAUGGCUAAAAAGGAAUUGAACAUUCGCACGUCAUCGCCAUUGGACUCUGUGGGUCUGACCUUGAGUGGUUGCGAACAAGACGAAAGCAACCGUCACUUAAGGGAGACGCUUUUCCACGAGUUUCCAACGGCGUCUAGACAGUACUUCAUAGGAUCCGAUACCCUGGGGAGCAUAAAAACCGGCAUUCAGAAUGGUGGUGUUGUUCUGAUUGCGGGAACCGGAAGUAAUGCUCUACUCAUCAAUCCAGAUGGGCAGAAACACGGUUGCGGAGGAUGGGGUCACAUGAUUGGAGACGAAGGCAGUGCCUAUUGGAUAGCCCAUCGCGCUACGAAGUACGUCUUCGACGAUAUGGACAACCUUGAAAAGUCACCACGACCCAUCAGCUACGUUUGGCCAGCGAUGCGAAACUUCUUUCACGUGGCAGAUAGGACCGACCUGCUGCCCCACCUCUACGCAAACUUUGAUAAAAGCAAGUUCGCGAUGCUUGCCAAAGAACUGGCGAAAGGUUGCGAGCACGAGGACCCCCUCUGCCUUCUACUCUUCGAAGAUACGGGGAAGAUCUUGGCGCGUUAUGUUCAAGUCGUUGCCACCAAGGCGCAUAACGACUUGCUUCUGUCUCCUGGUGGACUUCGAGUCGUCUGCGUUGGAUCCGUCUGGCAUUCGUGGCCGUACAUGAAAAAGGGAUUUGUCGAGCAGAUUCACGGGACCCCCGGAGUCGAUGAGCUGACUCUCCUUCGUCUGAAGACUUCCGCUGCCGUUGGAGCCUGCUACUUGGCUGCGGACUCGCUGCAGUGCGGCUCUUUGAAGAAGACUUACGACGAUAACAUCGACAUAUUCUACCAUUACAAGCGGGCCAACAUGCCAAAAUCAGCCAAGGACGACUAGGCGAAGAAAAGUUUCAAAAGCCGAGAAUUGAGACGAGGAACUGAGACAACCAAGUUGGCGAAAAGGUCCUGGAGGUAACCGCUUUCCGACUUGACUAAGCUUUUAUAUUCGGAUUAAUUAUUUCGCCUGCAGGAAGUCACGCAGUCGGUCUUCACCUCUCGCACAGUCCAAUCAGGCCAUGAAUUUUCGUUGUCCACUCGCAGCUGCUCGUUUGAAAAGUAUGCCUACUUCGCUGGCUUGCGUUCGAUGCUGCACACCUGCGUCAACCACGUGGACAAGGUCCGAUUCCUCCUUGAGAGAAAGUUCGUAGUAUAUUCGGUGACCUUUCUCCUGGAGAAAUUUAGAACGAUUAUGUCAGAGUACAGUCGUUUGACGUUAUGGUGCCAGGAAGAAUUACAUUUAUUUCUUACAGGCUGUGCAGGACUGUGUUUCCAUUUUUCUGAGGAGUACGUAAGAAUCUAUAAAUUGUAUGUGAUUAAUAAAUUAUUAUUGUUA